GAGGGGAUUUAUUUACUUCCGGGGACAGCUUGUAGUUGUGUGUUCCUGGAUUUCAGUCCGAUAUGUUAACAGCAUGCUCAGCAGCUAAAACCAGUUUGUAACCGUGGUUGGCGAACAGUCCGAGGAUUAAUCGUCUGUAUACAUUAAUAGUCUGCACUCAUGGCGGACAAGAGCAACGGUGUGGAGUGGGUAGAGACAACCGAGGAGGUAGUUAUAACAGAGGAGUGUCUGCCCCCCGAGAACAGCACUCCUGCAGUGAUACAGGUUUUAGAGCCAGCAGAAACGCCAAUCCAGAGGUUACUGGACACUGUGGGACAUGGAGAUAACCCAGAGGCUGAUAGUGGCUUCUAUUGUGAGGAGUGUCUGACUCUCUUCCAGGACCAGAGUGAUCCCGCUAACAUUAAUGGCCCCUCUUUUAUUCUCGACUUUCCAACGAGCAUGGGCAUCCCCCAGAGGGCCCUCCUCAGUAUUCCCUAUGGCCUGAUGAUAGGCAGAUCUAGUAUUCCAAGUGCAGGCGUCGGAGUCAUAAAUCAUGGACCAAUAGUGUCUCCAGGAAUGCAUUUUGGACCGUUUGAGGGGGAAGUGACAACGAGGGAGAACGCCGUGGCAAGUGACUUCUCCUGGGAGAUUUACAAGGGCAAAGAUGAGUAUGAGUACAUUGAUGCUGCCAGAGAAUCACACUCAAACUGGAUGAGGUACGUCAAUUUUGCUCGUAACAAAGACGAGAUGAACCUGCUGGCAGUCCAGUACAAAGGCAGCAUCCUGUUUCACUGCUGUCGCACCAUACACCCUGGAGAUGAGCUCAUGGUGUGGCCCAGCAACAAACUUCUCACCCGUUUUAGUGAAGCUUGGACCCAGGUGUGUUUGAUGAAGCUGAAUGCAACAGAGAGUAAUACAGCUGCGACAUCUCAGAUCUUCCUGUGCUCCCACUGUCAGCUGUCCUUCACUACAGAGGCUUUCCUCCAGAGACACACAGAAUGCUUCCACAUACAGACUAAAGGGGAGAGCGCAACAACAGCAGCUGCUGAGGCAGUUGAGCCUGAAAAUCCAGCUUCUAGUGCCGACCCAGGUCCCUCUGCAGAAUCCCUGGUGGUGGUGCGUGUUGAUCCAGUCGAGUCAAAUACGUGUGGUGAUUGCGGGAAGAUUUUCAAGCAAAUACCUCACCUUAGGAGGCACAAGCUUUGUGUCCACUCAAACAGACGCCCCUACUGCUGUCCACAGUGCAGGCGGAGCUUUAGCCAGGCGUCUGGCUUAAUCAGACACCAGCUAGUUCACAGAAAGCAGGCUGUGAUAAAAGACAUUGUUCCUCAUCAAAGCACAGUGCUUAGUGAGAAGAAAGAGAGCUUGACGGAACUGAGGUCAGAACGUGCAGAUCCAGCUGUAACUGAGGAAACGAAUCAGAUGAAUGUAAGUGAGAAUCUACAGGAAGCUACGGAUGUAACCGAACCUGAGAAUACUCCUGCAGGGGAGGCAGAAAGAUCCCAGUGUAAUUGUUCAGACUGUGGUAAGAGCUUCACAAACGAAACAUACCUCAAAAAGCAUAGGGUGAGUGUCCAUGACAGAUUACGUCCGUACGUCUGCACUGUGUGCCAGAAGUGCUUUGGCCAGUACAAUGACCUGACCAGGCACCUAUGCUGUCACCAAAAGCUAAACAAAAUGGGAAAAAAACUAAAUCAGGCUCCAGAGGAAUCUACUACCAUGCCCUUUAGCUGUGCUGAGUGCUCACUGGCUUUUCCUUCAGUGGACACCAUUCAGCAGCACAUAAAUGAGCAUCACUCAGAGGAGACCGCAGUGGAAAAUCCAGAAAAUGAUCCAGUGCCGGCUGGUGAUGAUCAGAGCCACGAUCCAGACUUCAUUCCACAACCCUCGGUGGCUGAACCAGUUGAACCUGUCCAAAAACGACCCUCUCAGAGGCCUCAGCGACUUGCAGCUAGAUCUAAGAUUUCUGCCAUAACCAAGCUCAUAGCUCCAAAACGAAGGACAGCCAUCUGCAAGAAGCCAUUAACCAGCCCUGCUCAGGCUGAGAAGAGCUCCACUGAACCAGAGGCACCUGCCGCCAGAAAUGGAAAGCUGGAAAAAUACAAAUGGUUUAGCUGUAAUCGCUGUAAGCGAACCUACGCAAACCCAGAUGAGCUCAAAGCACAUAAGUGCGCUUUGAGACAGCACAAGUGUGGUCAGUGUGGGGCGACCUUUAAUAAGUCUGGCUUCCUGAAAAGACACGAGCAGAUGGUGCACGUAAAUGCAAAAUCAUACAACUGUGAGCGCUGUGAUAAAGUCUUCACUACAUCUGGUAACCUCAAACAGCAUCAGAAGAGCAACACUUGCAUGAGGUAUCACUGCACGUCGGAGCUUUUCCCAUGCUCCUUUUGUCAGUUCUCCUUCACUAUGAAGAGCUACCUUAUUAAACACGUCAAAAGGCACCACCCUGUGGAGUAUCUGUCACACUGUGAUUCAGACACCCUCAUGGAUGAGCUGGAAGAGGAGGAGGGGGAAAGAGAAUGCAUCUGCCCCCAUUGUGGGAAGAGCUCUGCAAACGCCAAAGCUUUCAAAUCUCACUCGUGCUUCCAGCAGGUGAAGGUGCUGUACUUGUGCACGGACUGCGGGAAGGGCUUCACAAACCACUACGGUCUCAAGCAACAUCAGCGCAUUCACACGGGCGAGAAGCCAUACAACUGCCCCCACUGCAGCAAAAGCUUCUCCUACACCGGCCAGCUGAACGUGCACCUCAGGACUCACACCGGGGAGAAGCCGUACCUGUGUACUCACUGCGGGGAAAGCUUUCGGCAGUCGGGAGAUCUGAAGCGACACGAGAGAAAGCACACGGGGGUGAGGCCCUACAGCUGCACCGAAUGUUGUAAAAGCUUCAGCCGACCGCAGAGUCUCAAAGCACACCAAAUGCUUCACCUGGGACAGAGAAUGUUCAAAUGCACCCAGUGCGGAAAGAGCUUUUCCCGAAACUACCAUCUCAGGAGGCACCAUCAGAAGGUGCACUUGUAGUCAGUUUUAGAACUUAAAAAAAAAACUAUCAAAGAUGUAAACUGAAUUGCACUACAUUGCAACUGAAUUGCACUUGACAAUUGUGCCCUUAAAGAGUUGCAGAGAAUUUUUGAAUGUCCUGUAAAUAGCAUUAUUCUAACUUAAGUUGGUUUAAAGCCGAAGCAUUUCAUACCCCACAAAUUCUAUUAUGUUUAGAAUUUUCAAUUUUUGUUAAUUAUUUGAAAGAGGUAAACAUAAAUAUAAUGUAUGUCAUUCAUUCAAUGGAUGUACUGCAAUUAAACAUAUGUAAAGGAACUCUCCACAGUCACAUAAACAAAUGCUUCUUGUCUCUCAAUGUCCACUUGCUUUGAAAUAAAAACAACCAACUUGAUCAUCA